AUUAAAGAAGAAGAGAAAAAGGAUGAAGAAUGUUUCUUCCGCAAGAUCCAGUCGUCCACCUCGUCCCCUCCACGAUUACUGAACGACCGCUGUUCUUAUUUAUUUAUCGCGGAGCUACAUUUUGUCUGUAGUAGGAGUGAAAUGGGAAGGAAAGGGAGAUGGUUAUCUGCGGUGAAGAAAGUUCUUACUCAUGAAUCAAAAGAAAAGAAAGAUAAUAAUAAUAAUAAGAAAAGGAACAGACCAAAGAGGAAAUGGUUUCGGAAACACAAAACUCCAGAUGCAGGCCCUCUUCCUCCUCCUGCAACUCCUCCUGUGACAGCUGAACCAUCAUCAUCAUCAUCACCCAUACCUGCUGCUGCUGCUGCAGCCGCCUUAAUAGUGGAGGAAAAAUCGCAAGAGAUCCAACAUGAACAACCGUAUUCCAUGGCAAUUUCCACAGCAGUUGCAACAGAGGCGGCUGUUGCCCAGGCUGUUGCAGUCGCCGAGGCUGCAGCAGAAGUUGUCCGGUUGGCAACCAUGGUGAGAUAUUUUGACAAACCUAAGAAAGAAGAGAUUGCAGCUACAAAGAUUCAGACUGCCUACAGAGGAUACUUGGCAAGGAGGACAUUACAGGCAUUGAAAGGUCUAGUGAGGUUGAAAUCAAUGAUACAGGGUGAAUCAGCCCAGCGCCAAGCCACGUCUACAUUACAGAGCAUGCAGACUUUGGCUCGCGUCCAGUCCCAAAUUCGAUCCAGAAGACUCAAAAUUACAGAGGCUAACCAGGCCUUGCAGAAACACAUCCAACAAAAACGUGACAAAGAGCUGCUCAACUUUAGGGCUUCUACGGGAGAAGAUUGGGAUCAUAGCACUCAGUCAAAGGAGCACAUUGAAGCAAACCUACAGAGCAAACAGGAAGCAGCCAUAAGAAGGGAAAGGGCACUGGCUUAUGCAUACACUCAUCAGCAAAAGUGGAGGAGUGGUUUAGAUUCUGGGAAGUCAGAAUUAGUAAUAGACACAAAGAAUCCAAACUGGGGAUGGAGCUGGCUAGAGAGAUGGAUGGCAUCAAGGCCAUGGGAAAUCAAGAGCACAACUGGAACAGAAUCAGAUGUAGCUUCUCCGAAAAUGUCGGUGGUGGUCCACCACCAAGAAGUUAGUAGUAGGAAAGGCUUCAAUAACAAUAAUAAUAAUAAUAACAGUAAUGAUUCACCUGGCAAAAAGAUUGUUAUUAAUAAGCCAUCCAACAGUAGCAGCAAUCGAAAAUUAGCUUCUGUUAAAACAUCUUCAAAGGAAAGACGGUCAUCAGUUGCAUCUACUACUAGAACAACAGCAUUGGCAGGUGUUGGGGAAUUUGAUACGAAAAGCUCAGUUAGUUUCCAAUCGGAAAAGUGUAGGAGAAGGCAGAGCGUAUGUGGAUCUUCUUCAGAAAGAGAUGAUAACGAUAGCUUGGUAAGUUCUGUGUCGUCCUCAAUUCCAAGUUACAUGGGUACCACACAGUCUGCUAGGGCUCGGUCUAAAAUGCCAAUGAGCCCAUUGGGAAAUGCAACAACCACCUCACCAGGAGGAGGAAGGAAACGUGUCUCUUUCCAUUCAUCAUCAACCCCAACCCAAACCCAGGUUGGACAACAAAGAAGGCACUCUCUGGGCUCCCCUAAGCUUGAACACAGUUCCAUAAACCACAUCAAUGUGCAUUAAUGAAGAAGAUAUAGAAGAGUACCGAGUGGAUUUGGCUUCAAUUUGUUUUGUGUUGUUUCUCCUGUUAUUUAUUAUUAGUGUCUCUUAUUCUUCUUCCCUUCCCAAGUCCUAACUAACAUCAUAUUCUCUUUUUA